AUGGCCCCACCCUGUUCAAUUGUAGACAUUUACCAUGCCCCGCCAAUCAAGGGUCCAGAAUCAGCCAAAUUAUCUAUGAAGAGAAUUCUCGAUGCUUUAAAUGAUGAAAAAAUCAGGGUUAUUGGCAUAUAUGGCAUGCGGGGAGUAGGAAAAACUACCCUCGUGAGAAAUGUGAACAACCAUCUAAAAGGGACACUAAAUUUCAGUAGAGUCAUAAUGGUGGCAGUGUCCAAGGAAGUGGACCUGAAAAGGGUCCAAAAUGACAUUGCAAAGCGAUUGGGCCUGGAUCUCAAGGACGAAAGCGUAUCUCGUAAAGCGACUCAACUCAUGAAGAGACUGAUGGAAGAGGAGAAGUUCCUCAUCAUCUUUGACGAUCUAUGGGCUAGAAUCGAGCAGGCCAAUGUGGGUAUUCCUUCUAGUGAGCACCACAAAGCUUUUAAGAUCAUAUUCACUUCACGGAGUGAAGAUGUUUGCAAAAAAAUGGAGGCCGACUUCAAGAUCAGGGUGGAACUGCUCUCCAAAGACGAGUCGUGGAAAUUGUUUAAAGCGAAAGCAGGCAAGGUUGUUGAUUAUCCUACAUUGCAUACUGUGGCAGAGAAGGUUGCUAAUGAAUGUCGUGGUCUGCCAUUGGCAAUUGUGACAGCUGGAAGGGCGUUGAAUGAUGAGAAGAGCUUCAGAGUGUGGAAUCAUGCAUUGUCGGAAUUGAAGAAGUCCGCCCCUAAGAACAUCAGAGGCAUGGAGCAAGAGGUGUAUCGAUCCCUAAAAUUAAGCUACGAUCAUUUGCAAACUGAGGAGUUAAAGUUGUGCUUCUUGUUUUGUAGUCUGUUUCCAGAAGACUACGAAAUUGAUGCAGAUCAAAUGAUUAGAUGUUGGAUGGGUGAAGGGUUUCUAGAGGAUGUUGAAACAUUGGAGGAAGUUCUGAACAAGGGACAUACAUUGGUUGAAAAAAUCAAAGCUGCAUGCUUGUCAUUAGAUUGUGACAAAGAAGGGUAUGUAAUGAUGCACGACAUAGUUCGAGACAUGGCCAUUUCAAUUGUGUCUAAUGAUGAUUCCUAUAAAUUCUUUGUCAGAGUGGGAUUGGCAUUGAAAGAAUGGCCAAAAGUGGACCGGUGGGAAGAAUACAAGAAGAUUUCAAUGAUACAAAACGAGAUCGAAAUGCUACCUGAGAGGUUGGAAUGUCCUGAACUGUUAACGUUGAUGAUGCAGGAAAAUGACAAUUUUAGCAAAAUACCAGAUCGGUUCUUUGGAGGUGCAAAAUCACUUCGUGUUUUGGACCUUGGUAGAACUUUUAUCACGCGACUGCCAUCAUCAAUGUCAUAUUUGUUGAAUCUACGGGAACUUUGCCUACAAGGAUGCUUGCAUUUGGAAAUAAAAGGUUUGUCACCACUCAGGUCACUGAAAGGACUUGAAUCUCUUUAUCUUUCACGAAGCGCAAUCAGCGAAUUGCCAGCUGGAAUAGGUGAAUUGGCCAAUUUAAGGCGUUUGGACCUAUCCUUCAAUCCGAGCCUUAAAAUUCUGCCAGCAAAUGUAAUAACGAAGCUGACUCGUCUGGAAGAACUAAAGAUGGUCUUAAGCUUUACAGGGUGGGAAGCUGCAGGGACAAGAAGGUGGGGCAAAAGCAAUGCUUCUUUAGCCGAAGUCGCAUCUUUGAGACAGCUGAGUUGUUUGUGCCUUGACAUAGUAGAAGCAGGCAGUUUUCAGCAAGAUAUCAUAUCUAAAUCUUGGGGAAAAUUGGAGAGGUUUUGCUUCCGAAUAGAUCAGUUAGAGUAUGAUUCUAAUGUCUUUGAUGACUUGAGAAGUCACCGUCGAAUGAUGAUCAUUGAUGGUCACAAGUCCGUACCUCAAUGGGCUAAGAUUUUGUUCCCAAGAACAACCUUCCCACAGCUAUAUUAUCGUAAGGGCCUAACAACAAUCUCUGGACUAGAUACAGAAAAGACAGUGGCGGUCAGUUUUGAAAGUUUAGAAUAUCUUGAAAUCUAUAAAUGCCUAGAGAUGGAAUACGUGCUAGAUGGAGAGGGCACCACGGAGAAUAUGUUACAAAAUUUGCAACAUUUGAGCUCCAUUUUCUUCAAAAGCUAG